CUCGGAGGGUGAAGCUGUGUAAACCAGACUGGGUGGAGCAACACAUCGCCCAACCCAUCUAUCGUGCAGACGAGAGGGCCUUGUGUGUGUCCCGUUUGCCUUGGGAGCUUUCGGAGAGAGAGAGACCAUACAGUGUGACGGAGAGGAGAGAGAAGUGGGCCGGUCUAUGGGAGGGACUAGCGCAAAGGGGGGAAUAGAGGAAGGAGGAGGAAGAGGAGGAGGAGGAGGAGGAGGAGGCGGCACGGGGUUUUUUGCUGUUUCUCCAGUCUCUUUCCCCUGUCUUUGUCUCACACACUCUUUUGUUAGCCAUGCCUAGCCUGCUGGUUCUAGCAGGGAUCAUGGAGAAAAACGGGGGCUAUGCCGGGGAUCUGGCCGGCUCCGGCUUCGGAGGCGAAGGUCUCCUGGUGCCGCCCGACGAGGAGGAAGACGACUCCCGUGCCCUCAGGGUCGCGCUGGGCCAGUUGUCUCUGCUGGGGCUCGGUGGGGAAGGAGAGGACGGUGGUGGUGGUGGAGGUGCUCCACCGACAACAGGAGGAGUACAGGACCGGAGUAAUAACAACAACAACCACCACCACAACCACACGAACAACGUCGGUGUCGGGGACACUGCGAUCCUGGGUGGGAAGAGCAAGUUGUGCGCUUUGUACGAGAGCUCCUCAAGUGAGACGAAAGGACGAGGCUGCAACAUCACAGAAUGCGUCCCAGUGCCCAGCUCUGAACAUGUGGCCGAAAUAGUGGGGAGACAAGGUUGCAAGAUCAAAGCCCUGCGGGCCAAGACCAACACCUACAUCAAAACCCCCGUCAGAGGAGAGGAGCCCGUGUUCUUAAUCACCGGCCGGAAGGAGGAUGUUGCACUGGCCCGCCGUGAAAUCAUCUCCGCUGCAGAGCACUUCUCCAUGCUCCGGGCAUCCCGCAACAAGCUGGGAGUGUCCUUUAGCGGCUCCCCGCCCACACCUUUGCCGGGUCAGACCACCAUUCAGGUGAGAGUGCCAUACCGUGUCGUGGGGCUGGUAGUGGGGCCUAAAGGCUCCACCAUCAAACGCAUCCAGCAGCAAACCUGCACUUACAUCGUCACCCCCAGUCGAGACCGCGACCCCGUCUUUGAAAUCACGGGGUCGCCGAGCAACGCCGAGCGGGCCCGCGAGGAGAUCGAAGCACACAUCGCCUUCCGAACAGGAGGCCUGCACGACCACAAUAAUGAGAAUGACUGUCUGGGGCCGAACGGUGGAAGCAGCCCAGCGGGCAGCAGCGGUGGUCUGGAGAGCCGGCUACAGCAGGUGUGGGGGCUGCAGGGGGGCCAGCGCAAGCCUCUCACCAGCAGCUACCGCCAGAACUUCUCAGAUGCCAUGGUUGGAGGGGGAGGGGGAGGAGGAGGGGGCGAGGGAGGGGGAAUCUACAACAAGAGCAACUUCUCCAGCUCCGGAGAGAAGCCUUGCUCUUAUUUUGGAUCGGAGGGUACCCAGAGCUGGGGCGACCCCGACUACCCCAAACAGGUGGCCUUCUACGCCCAGCAGCGGUCCAAGAGCUUCGGAGGCCUCCCGCUCCCCCUGACCAGACUCUCCCCUGGCUUAUCCGAGUCCUGCGGAGGUGGAAGCAACAACAACUCUUCAGUCACCAGCAUUGUGCCCGUAUCCGGCUCACCUCACGCCCAGGCCCGCCGCGCCCACAGUGAGCCCACCUCAGCCGGCGAGGGCUUCCCAGGCCGUCUGCCAGUGCCGGACUCGCCGCCGGCCGUUGUGCGGGACUGCAUGACCUGCUUUGAAAGCAAAGUGACGGCUGCCUUGGUGCCCUGUGGCCAUAACCUCUUCUGCAUGGAGUGUGCCAUCCGAAUCUGUGAGCUCAACCACCCGGAGUGCCCAGUGUGCCACACCCAGGUCACACAGGCCAUCCGAAUAUUCUCCUAAGGAACCACAUCAGUUUUUAUCAUUAGUUUUGUCAGUGUUUGUUCAAUAAUUAUUUACUGUUAUUAUGAUUAUUAUUAUAAUACACAUUUUUGUUUUUCAGAAAAUUUACAAACAAUCAAGCAGAUAUUUUAGAAGGCACUGCUUGCUUUACUAAAAAGUAUAAGAAAUAUUUUUAAGUUUUUCUUUUAUAUAUAUAUAUGCAUAUAUAUUUUAUAAAAGUUUUGUUUAUAAGAGAAGUAUAGUACCUUGCAUUUUCAGUUUUUUGACUGCUGCUGUUUUUCAUUCCUGAAUCACAGUGUAGGCAGAGGUAGACAGUAAUGUGAACAUUUUAUUAUUCAAAUUUUUAUUUUACCAUGAAGUGGGUUUAUAUGGAAGGAAGAAGAUGAUUGUUGAGGUACCCAAUCUGCACCUGACUGACCCAGAAAGUCAAUGUUGUUAUUAGAAGGAGAGAGAGAGAGAGAGAAAAAAACGUAGAAUUGUCAUUGCACCUUACAAUCAUCUUGGUCUAAAAUAGGAUUUUCAAUCAUACCUUGAAAUUUUCAGGAGCUGAUGUGAAGGUGAAUUUAGCCUUUUCAGUUUCACUGUGAUUGUGGUUUGAUUUAAUUGGUCCAAACUAGAUAUUAGUUUUAGAAAAAUGAAAAUGUGAAUAGAUUGGUGCGAGUCAAAGCCUUGUAAUCUUUACAAGAAAACAAAAGACAGCCCCCCUUAUUUCAUUCUUAUACCUUAAAGUCUUAUAAACCAGAUUGAUGCUUAAAAGGAACAGGACAUUGCAUCAUUUAUUUAUGCUGAUUGGUUACAUUUUAUUGGUAUCAUCAUUCACAGAGAGAGAGAUGAAAGUUGUAUGAAGUAUCAGUAAAAUUUUCUUUCCAGUAGCCAUUGAUUACACUUUGGUCACUGCAGUUUGUUGAAAAGAUUCAGCAACGCUUGCUCCUCGUGGCACUUGAAAAGCAUGUGGUUCCUCGGUUGGCUUAAAGCACUGAUUUAAUUUGUGAGGCCGAAAGCCUUGGAAUUCAUCCAGUUGGCUAGUUCUCGAUAUCUGUCUCCCCGAUGGACUUGUUUCAAAGCCACCUUAACCGCGCUUUAUUGUCUUGUGUGGUCAUUUGGCCACCGUCGCUGAACGAUAUAGGACACAGCGAGAGCUCCAGUCAACAAGCAUCUCUCUGAGGUGUGCACUGUAAAUAAAGAGGAGAAUUAGUGUGUGGACAGAAGCCGAGUAAAACUGUAAAAUUGUUUCCUGAAUCAGCAGCCGAUUAAAAUAGUUGACACUGUAAAAUACAGAGUCCCAAAUCAGUAAUCCUUACUCCACGUCCCCAACAGCAUUAUGUGCGAGCUCCGAGGGGCCAGCUGUCUCCCCUGUAAUUAGCAAAGCUGUACAGGAGCAGGUGUUUCAUGGCACACUGUAGCUGUGACCCCAAGUUGGAGGUCUCGCCGAGCCCCCUUUCUUUCUCCCUUUUCUUUUGGGGAGUGGCUUUUAUGUCCUCCCCUGCUUACAGUUUGAUCGUUUGCUUUCGAAGGCCUCUCUGAGUGGGGCGUAUUGUCUGGGCCCGGUAGCGGCGUGGGCUGCAGAGUGCUGCUCGGACACGGCCUGGAUCUGCUCAUUGAUAAUUAGGCAAAUGGGCUGGUCCAGGUGCGGACCGUGUGGGGACUCUGGAGCUGUGAGAGGGGUACGACAGGGUCCCCGCAGCGAGCCCCUUACUGCCCCGCCCCGCUGCUCCAAGCACAGAGGGGGCUGGAUGGUCUGGAUGCAGCUGGGCGAGUAGGACCCCCUCCUUCCACUCCCUCUCCUCGCCACCCCCCCCCCCUUUUUCCUCUCCUUUUCUGCUGCUCUGAGCUAUCCCUACUGGGGAGAGGGGGCCUCUUUUGUCCCAAAACACACACACAAAAUUUGAAAGCUGAAUUUGGCAGCGUCUGUGAAAUGAGGAGAGGCUUAGGAGAAAAAUAAAUUAUCUACAGUUAUCGGGGGAUACCCCGGUCACCUGUUUUCAACGUUAAUUUGACGUUCAAAUUAUAAAAUAACGAUCACCUCUAAAAGAAAGAUUACGUGAUCUUAUCACAGCGUCAACUCCCCUCCUCCACUCCCCGACAGCACCGCCCUGAAAUUUGGACAGGGGUCGUGUUUGUGUGACAGCGCCAGUGCAGAUCGGGUCGGCUCGCUACUGUAUGGGACAUCCUGCAGCUGCCCCUUCACUAUGGACACCCGGGCUUCAGCCAAUGGCAGCCCCCCCCCCUCCCUUCGCUUUGAGCUUCCAGAAUGAAAUCAGACAAUUGUAAUUGACAGGAAAGCAGAGGAAACGCCCCAUUUAACCAGCACUCAUGCUGAAUCAAAUUACACACCCUCUGCGUCUGCCUUAGCCCCAGCCUGGGGAUUUCUGAGGGCUAGAGGAGAGCGGAUGGGGGUAGGGAUUAAAGCUGUUGAAUGAUAGGAGGUGAGGGAGGAAGGGGGGGGGGGGAUUCAUUUUGGCUGGAGAAAGAGAGAAGUAUGCUCCCAAAAAUUUAAAAUUUUUACUGAUCAUUCAAGUCCCCGCAACGACUUUUGAGCUGUUGUCACAUGUGGGCCAGCGGUGAUGUCAGCGAACCUCUUUCGUGUUCGUAUCGGGGAACAAUUCAACUCGGCUUCUGUCUCAAAAAAAUAAUAAUUAGCUAUUACAGAUUGUGUCUUCCAGGACGCAAAGGCCCCCUCAUUUUUUUUUUAAAACAAACCUAUAAAGCAGACCCUUGCGUGGACUGCAGGGAAAAGCACCGUACUUGCAAAAAAAAAAAAAAAAGUACCCCUGAAAUCUAUCAGAUGUAGAAAUAAAGAAUAGAUGUGAUUUUUAUGGACGGAGGAAUUGCACAGUGGUUUGGCCUAAGCUUUCAAUGUCAAAUUCAAGGCAGUAUGACACUGUUCUUUGAACUUAGUAUUUUUGUUAUUUUUAUUUUCUGCCUUAAUAUUUUGUAUUAAAAUAUUGCCAUUGCUUUGGCAUACAAGGUAGCAACGUUGGCCUUUUGAUAGUACCGCCCCCCUAAAACAACUUUUAAAGUACUUAUUUUUGGAGAAAAGAAUGUGAAUCAAACGGCUCGGGUGGGGAUUAGAGGGAUUCAGGAAAUUAGGCUCUUAAAACACUUCACUUAAAAAAAAAUAUAGAGUAAAGCACCUUAUUACAAAACAUUUGAUUAAUACCAAACCGACCACUGAUGGUGAAAUACAUUUCAUAUAAUUUGAAAGACAUGCACAUAAGGAUUCCCUAUCAUUUUUUUGUAUUAUGGUGGUUCUUGUUAUUCUUAAUACUACAGUAGUACUAGUGGUAAUUUGGGAGACCUCUCGUCCAUUUAGUCAAUGCCGAUGACUUGGUUGAGUUUUGCACUGGUUUAAUGAAGAGAGGGCUUAUUGGAGAUUCUCCCUGUUUAGACGCUGUAUAAGUUAAUGAGUAUUGUACUUUAUGGGAAAGCACUCUGAGCAUCUAUGUAAAUACAGUAUGUGUAUCGGUUAUGAACAUCCAGACAAAGGCCCGCUUAAAGUGAGGUUUUGAUUAUUUUUACAAGCUGAGGGUGCCAUUGUCAAUGUUUUAGCAUAUGGAAUUCAAAAUGUCUCUGAGUUUUAGGGAGAGUAAAUCUUUUAUAUAUGCGUCCCAUCAUCCUUUUUGACUAUAAUAGUAUAUUAGAUAGAUCCAUACAUUUAAGAAACAUUAUUUAAACUGAUUAACUUAGUAUUUCAUCCAAAUAUAUAGAUAAGAAAUUAGCCAGACACUACUAUAAACUGUAAUAAUGAAUAUCCUUUAUGAAGCCGCUGAUGUAUAAAUCCAAUCUUCAAAUAAAAAACGGGAAUGAAUAGUAUGUGUAAUAACCCCUAAUGGAUAAAUCUGUUUCUAUGUAUAUUAGGAUGAAAAGCAAUAAUAGGACUAUACUGGGACAAUAAACAGAGGAGCCUGCUUAGUAAAUAAUAUUCUAUUCAGAAAUUGACCUUGAUUAUUAGGAUAAUACCGUCGCAUUUCUGUCUCGUAUCUGCUUAAAAUUCAUUAUGGAUUCACGCCAGUGUAAAACAGAGAUAUAAUUAAUUAGUAACAGUUUCAGGAUAAGUAAUUGUUCUUGUUGUGUUCAUCAGGGUCUUAAGUCAUUUGAUUGCUUAAUUUUUUUGUUUUGUUUCUGAAUAUCAAUCAGAUCACAGGGUGGGUCAAGACAAACUUCCUUCUCCUGAAGUGAUGAAACUGCAAUUUCUGUAAAAGCGCUGUAAAAGUGAUCCAUCGAGUGUAAACAAACAACAAGACCAGAGCAUGAGCACCGAGGUCUGUCCUGUUUGUUGAGAAGCAGGAGCUGGUGACUUUGCUUAUGACAGACUGACGUCUCGAAGGCUUUGGUCAAAAAAAACUCAGCAGUGAGAAGGAAGAGGGUGGGACAACAUGAUAUGAUGUACUCAUGCUGUUGUCUUCACCCUCUUUGUCUGGUUACAUACAGGGGCAGACGUGUUAACUUAUAGCAUAUCUUAAGAUGAUUUCUGUUUACAUAUAAAUAAUAAGUUUCUGAUUUUCAUGGCUCUACUUUAUACUCGUUUUGCACCUACGUUUUUCAUCGGUAUUGUUUUUGAAAGAAAAAAAGGUCACACAUAGCCAAAGAACAAAACACAAGGAGAGGACUUAUCACUUGAGUUUUUAGCGUCAGAACUUGGUUUAGAGUUUUAUCGAAUCAGGAUUAUUAAGAAAUAAUCUACUCUGUUUACCCAAAAGUCUUAGAGGCCACUCAAUCGAUAUCUGUGAAAUGAAGGCAUAUCAUGUUUCAGUGUUGUAAGAUUAGUUUAAUACUACAGAGGCGCCGGUAACAGACUUACUUCUCCCCAAAGAGAUCAGCUUAAAGCACAUCCUGGCACUUACACAGUCCUUUGAGUAGUUUUCUAUUGUCAUGGUUAGGUUGAUGGGAGAAAAACAGUCUUUCUGGAGAGAAGUUCAGAUGAAAAAGGGACUGCCCACGUAAUUAAAAAAAUAAAAAAUAGACUGAGAAGGAAUUGUGUUGACAAUGACAAGCCAGUGAAAAUUCAGGCUGAAUUCCUAAUUUUUAAGACCCUCCGACUAAACCGUAAGGGAUUAGACGUAAACAGUGAACACUGUGGUUUUAGUUUGGAGAGCCAUUAACUGUAUCCUUAAGUUUAACUGCAUGUUAGUAAAAUAUAGUACAGUAGGUAAGAUUUAUCAGAAAAAAAGUUAAGAUCACAUAAAGAAUUCAUCAGCCUGAUACCUGACGUGUAUAAAAAGCUUUAAGACCUUAAAGUGAACAUCGGUUUCAAAUCAUAUAUUUACCGUGUAGUUUAACUAAUUGAUACAUAAAGUUUAAUUACGACUCUUAAGAAUAUGCUAAGGUGUAAGUUUCAUUUGUCCAACUCACCCAGUAUGAGACACGUUUCAAUUCAGUGGAGCAACAGAAGGGGUGGGGUGACUCACAGUGACAUUUGACUCAUUAAGUUCUUGUUAGUAUUAUUUACAAUAUUGUAUUAAGCUUACUAUUAUAGUAAUGGUAGAAACUGUUGAUGUUUUUCUUCUCUUGAUAUGAAAAGGUCUUUAUGCAUUUAUGUAGAAUCCCUUUUAAGGAGUGAUAGGAAAUCCUUAUUUUCAAUGGAUGCACUUAAGCAAUUGUACCAACCUGUCUAAAUCACACAUUGAGCAAAGUAACGCAUUUGAAUGUAAAAAAAAGAAAAAAAAAAAAAAAAAAAAGACCACUCAACUCAAUGCACUCCUUAUGCUUAUUGUUUUGUCAAUUUACAAGUGAGCUUUAAGUUUUUGUUUGUUUUUUGGAAAGAAUUUGCGACAGGUUUUCAACGUAGACUAUAUUUGAGUUCUUCCACAUACAUUUAUAGAAAGUAACUUAAAAAUGAAUAAAAAAAAAAAACAUAUUACAGUUUCUCAGAUCUAUUUUGCUAACAUGGGUUAUUAUUUCAUAGAAAGCAGAGGAAAAAAAAGUCAGUAUCUGGAUGUUAUUUAUGAAAAGUAAAAAAAGAAAAAAAUGAAGCAACAUAUUUAUGAGUAACCUCAAGACAUUUUGUUUUUUAAUUAAAAUGACAAGAAGUUAAUAUAUUUCUAAACACAGGGAGGUCAGUUUCUACUAAUAAGUAAAAUGAGAAAAGAAGUUUAGAAGUUUUAUUUAUGAAAGUUAUGGGCACUCGCCUUUUCCAUGUGCUUCGUGCUGAAUGAAGUAAACAGAAGGAGAGAGCUCCCCAUGGCUGAAAUUUUAACUUCAGACAUGCACUACUUUAACAUCGGUGCAUUCACAAUGGAAUAAUUACAGAAAAUAAUAUAAUAUUUUUUAGAAUUUGGAGAUAUUUUAGUCACAGAGCAUCAAUUUUGUGCCUCAAUUAUAUAUUUUUCCUGCAUCAGCAUUCUUUGUGCAGUGCUGCUUGCUGUAACCCCUUUCCCCCCUUCAACUAACCCCAUGUUACUGACUGAAACGCAUAACUCAUUUCCUCUGUAAUCUAAAAACUCGCUUUUACUUAUCAAACGUAUAAAACAUGUUACGACUGCAACGCUUGGAAUGAAUGAGGCAGCUGUGACCCUCUCGCCAAAUAGGGGCCACACAUGACUUGUACACACUUUCAUUCAUACAUUUUCUACAUCUACUACUCGGAACGGUUUGUGAUCAAUAGCGACGGAGCAUUAUCAGCUUAAAGGAAGCCUUUAUGAGAGACUUUCCCUAAUGUGUUAAUUAGGUGAAGUGUGCAAGAGGAGCGGAGGCAUCUAGGAGAGGACAACAGCGCACUGUGUAGUAGAUCUAUGUAACUAGAUGCACACAUAUACACACAACAGGUUCAUUACCGUACUAGCUUGCAUGUAUGUUGUAUGGUCACUUAGAUGGGAGAAACGGCGCAGGUCCUGUGUUAUCCUUUAACACCAGUGCACUUGGGCUGCUUCUCCUCUGUAGAUUUUCAUAGUUGGAGUCUCUUUGGAAACUGGAAAGUUGACAUGAGUUUGGAGCCAGGCAAAGAGACCAUUUCAGUCCCCACAUCAACGUUGGAUUUUGUAUUCUCAGUUACCUGUCAUUGAUGAAAGACUUUUUGCACCUCAUAUCAAUUAACUUGAAGUUCUUAGUUUGUGUAAGAGUUAAGAAAAACUUGACACUACAAUGGCACAUUUUCUGCUGCAUGUAAAGGAUGGGGACUGAAGUGGCGCUCGCUGGUGAAACUCGCAACCUUUUCCAAAGAGGCCGAUACAGUCUGACAGUUUGUCUUUGGUAGCGUUUCCAAUUUUUCCAGCACAGUAGAGGUGUUUCAUACCGGUCUAAUAGUGGUCGUAGUGCAUUAGUUUUUGGGUCAGCAUCAGCUGGCGUUAGUUUCUGGUUUCUCUGUGAACAGUGAAAGAGGGUUGCCAAUGUGGCCCUCAGUGGCUGACCGUCAAGUUUGAUGGAUGGAAAAAAAAAAGAAGUCUUUGAACUCUGUUACAGUAUGCCGUGCCCCGACAAGGCAUGUGAUAUUGCAGGUUUAUUUGUUAUAGCACAU